AUGUUUGACCAGAGGGUGGAGAAUAAGCACCAGGACACAUUGUUGGCGGUAGCAGCUCCCUAUUCUGGUAAUGCCCGGCAGAGGCCGCGGGGCAUCUCGGGACUUGUAGUCCAGCUGGUCGAACUCGCUAUCCCGGCAUGUCCCGCGGCGGCGUCAAGGUUACCACGCGCCGCCUGCAGCGGCUGCCGAGACAAGAGUAGGGUGGAUGCCAAGUGCGAGUGGGAAGGGUGUUUUGCGCCCAGUGAAGGCGGGCUUGACUUCCAUAUCGGGGAGACCACAAAGAGCUUUAUUGAAGAGAUUCCGGACGAGACCAUAAUUAUAGGUGCGGGCGGAGGGGGAGAGUUUGAAACAAGACCUUGGGGUAGGGAGAGUCAGCUCUUCCAGAGCCGGGAGCAGCCGGUCUCGCCGCGUCCUGGCGUGGGCCGACUCCAUGCCACCUCGCGCUCAUCUGACCUCCAGGAAACUACCGGACGCAAAUGUAUGACAAGCAGCGGAGGAGUACCAGCCGGCCACCCCCGGGCUCGGCAUGUUCGUGGAGGUGAAGGACCCAGAGGACAAGGUGUGGUUGGUGCCUUAAUUGUGGUGCUGGCAGUCAAAGAAUUUUGUCAACUCUGACGCUGUGGCAUCCAGACUUUAAGGUUUCACAGGACAGAGUGCUUUCCAAAACGAAGAAGCAACUGUUAGUUUCGCCAGAUAAGGAUAUUAAAACAAAGGAAAACAAA